AUGGAAGCCCUCUCGACGGCCAUCCGGCCCCUCGCGCAGCCCAUCACCCACAACCUGCCCGCCCCCAUCCGCGACCUCGGCGUCUCCAUCAUCGGCGAGCGCUGCUACGAGACCCUGCUGCUCGACGUCCGCCUCGACCACCCCGAGUGCCUCAAGCUCGCCGUCAGCAAGGCCCUGGGCAUCGGCAUCAUUGCUGCCUCGUCCAUCGUCAAGGUGCCCCAGAUCCUCAAGCUCGUCAACUCGCGCUCCGCCGAGGGCGUCUCCUUCCUCGCAUACCUCCUCGAGACGAGCGCCUACCUCAUCACCCUCGCCUACAAUGUCCGCAACGGCUUUCCGUUUAGCACCUUUGGCGAGACGGCCCUCAUCCUCGGCCAAAACGUCGUCAUUUCCGUCCUCGUCCUCAACUACACCGGCCGUGCCUCCAUGGCCGCCGUGCUGGUCGCCGCCCUCGUCGGCGCUGCCGGCGCGCUCUUCUCCACGAACCUGCUCGACAUGCGCGCGCUGAGCGUCCUGCAGGCCGGCGCGGGCCUGCUCGGCGUCGCCAGCAAGCUGCCCCAGAUCCUGGCCAUUUACCAGCAGGGCGGCACCGGCCAGCUCAGUGCCUUUGCUGUCUUCAACUACCUCGCCGGCUCGCUGUCGCGCAUCUUCACCACCCUGCAAGAGGUCGACGACAAGCUCAUCUUGUACGGCUUCGUGUCCGGCUUCAUCCUCAAUGCGAUCCUCGCGAUGCAGAUGGUCUACUACUGGGACGCGCCCUCGGAGAAGGCAAAGGGCAAGCGCAAGGAGCCGCCGAUCAAGGAAAAGGCGGUGCACUCGGCGACAACGACGUCGACCAAGAGCCCGACCACGCGGCGCCGCGGAUAG